GCGGACAUAGAGUCGAAUAAUAUUAAUAAGAGCCAUCGUUAUGAUAAUAGUCAUAUUAACCUGCAUGUGACUUGUCUGGUGCUCAUUUCAGCUCCUUAUCUUGGUGUCCCACUCAAUACAGUCCCUCCCGCGGAACGCGAAAUAGUCAAAGGUUCCGCCUUCUGGAUAAAGACGUCAGGAGACGCUUCAAUGACGGCAGAUCUGACAGCUGACAAAGUAUUCUCUACACUGUGACGUUUUAUAUUCGUUUUUUGGUGAGACACAUGACCAUUUAGGGAUGAUGACUCAACCAACUGAUAACUAAGUGAUAGUAGGUCACAGCGCUAUGUAUAUUUAUUGAUUGUAUUUGAAAGUUUUGGUUCAAAGUCCAGAUGGAGAACAUAGUGAGUUUCGAACACUGCGGGGAGCUAAUCUACACUUUCACACACCGGGAGGACCCCCACAGCUCGGCGGAGGAACCGGGAGGGACCGGGAGCGGUCCGGCAGGUGUGCCCAGCGGGAGGUGUCCUAUGUGCGGGGAUCGGCUAAGCUUCCGGCUCCUGGACGCACCUGUGGCUGUCCCGUGUCCGUUCAGCAACGGGCACCAGACUCCGUGCGCGUUCCUCCUCUCAUCCCGAUCCGGACCGACAUCUAUCAGUGAACAGAAUGACUCUGAGCUUCACGUCGGGAUCUCAAACUCUGAAGGUGUUGUAUUCAGCUAUACAGAGUCGGGGGUUCAGCGUCAGCAGCAGAGCUGGGAGAAGAGUCUGACCAUCCCUCUUACUACCCCUAGCAACCACCCAUCUGUUCCCCUUAUAACCCCUAGCAACCACCCAUCACCUGCUGUGGUUACCCCUAGCAACCACCCGUCUCCUCCUCUCCUCCCUGGCAGCGUUGUCAGGUCGUGGGACCGACGCCUGGAGACCUUCUCCUCUCAGGACCGAUGGACCACAGACAGGUUUUCGGAGGAGGGGGAGUUUGGAUCCUGUUGCUAUGGUUUCGCUCUGAGUUUUAUUAAUGAGGUCAGGAGGUCAGAGGUCAUGGAGGUCAUCAGCCAAAACACGUUCACCCUCGGAUGCGUCCUGCCGACGAUACAGCGCAGCUCAAAGUACCUGAGCCUAUACGACCACAUCCGUCACCAUGGAUACUACCACAGUACUACAGCAUAGUACUACAGUACGCAGUGCCGAGUACAUGAGACUACCACUACAUACAUCAACACGGAUACUAAUAUUAGAACUGUAGUAUUCGUGGUGAAAUACCGGUAGACAAUAUCUUUAAAUGUUGUUUAUCAAUCAUGGACCGCUGUGUGUGUGUGUGUGUGUGUGUGUGUGUGUGUGUGUGUGUGUGUGUGUGUGUGUGUGUGUGUGUGUGUGUGUGUGUGUGUGUGUGUGUGUGUGUGUGUGUGUGUGUGUUUGUAAUCCAGCCUAAUAAAGAACUAAAA